AUGUUGGAGUGCGAACRUCUGAGAAGAAACAAGCGGCCGCAGGUUGCCAAGCGGCUCAUCAAUGGCUACUGUAGUCGAAAGCGAGCACACAGUCAAGCUGAUGCUGCUGUCCCUGAACGUCUUGAAAGCCACACAAUAACUCCAAUCGAUGGGCGAAAAAAGCAGUGUGUCCAGUCAAGGAUUUGCUCAAAUCUCUCGAAAACCAUUGCUGAGUCCUUUAAAUCGUUUAWAUCAGAACUCGAAAUCGAGUAUCGUKAUGACCUGRACGAAGCAGAUGAAAAUGACCUUGAAGAACUCGAGGAGCCGCCAGCAAAGAAGCAAGCUUCUCAUGCUGAGGACAAGAGCRUGACAAACAUAGACRCAGCUGUAGCAAAGCUGACAGACACAGCAAACCCUAAUACUAACUCUAGUGAAGGGAAGUUUGAAGUGCUUAAUAGCUUAAAACAGGACCUUAAGAGAGAAGAAACAGGUCCAACUGUAAACGCAGACCUUGCAAACGUGGUUAAUGCCAUGUGCAAGGACGGUCUACCGGAUGAAAAACUCCAGGAAAAGAUGAAUAAAUAUCAUAGACCGGAGAACUGUGAGUCGCUGACCAAAGUCCGUGUCAAUCAAGCKGUAUGGGACAAUUUGACCCCAUCUAUUCGCUCACAGGAUGUAAAACUGCAAAAAGUUCAAACCGCCAUCUUUAAAGGAAUGUGCGCGUUGACAURCACUAUUGACAGCUUACUAACGCAUAUGACAUCGCUUCCCAAGGGAAACGACCUCUUGCAGAAGUCAACUGAUGCACUUGCUCUGUUUGCUAAUGCAAAUAAUGAGUUAAAUCAAAGACGAAGAGAGUUAAUUAAACCAGACUUGCACGAUGAAUACAAGCAUUUGUGCUCGUCUUCAUUGGAAAUUACAGACCAAUUAUUUGGCGAUGAUUUGCCGAAGCAGGUCAAAGAGUUGACUGAGGUCAACCGUGUUGGCAAGAAGGUGUCAACAAGCAGCGGACGCCCAGUGUCCAGAUCUGAUUAUCAUCAUAACAGACAUAGCUAUGGCCGAAAUCGACAUGGCUAYGGAUCCCAUCGUUAUAAGAAGCCUUUUUUAGGCUCAGGCAGAGACAACUACAACAAGAACCAUCCCCAGAACUUCAAAAAGAAGAAAGAGGGGAAGCAGAAGUGA